UACUGUGAUUGUGAGAAUACGUCUUCAAAAAAGAAUAAGACAGUUUUUAUUCUUUUUCACCAAGAAGUAAUAUUUGAUCUAAAGAUGGAAGUGAAAGAUAUUUUGAUAGAUUUGAGCUUAGGUGCUUAUGUUGACAUUUUUCAAAAAGUAGGUCCACGUAUAAUAUUUAUGUCUCAUCAUAAACAGAAUUUCAAAGAAACUAACAUGAAAGAAAGUCAAAUGCAAGCAGAUUCUUCUGAAAAAACUAAUAUAGAAAAUAAUAAAAAUAUGAAUAAUGAAAAUAUAUCAGAUCAUACGACAAUAGAAACAAGUCGGUGCUUAAAAACUAAUGACAUAAAAGAAAUAAAAAUAUUUAGACAAAAUGCUUUUGGUACUAGAGACAUGUUUAUAUUAGAUGCAAUGCCAACUAUUACUGAUUUAUUGCAACGAUCUAAAGUGGGCAAAAUAAUUUUACAAGCUUUAAAAACAAAUAAAGAACUCAGUGGAUCUAUGAGAAAUAAAUUAUGUAACAUAAUAAUCGGAUAUAUAGAAGAUAAUAAUAUUCUGAAGACAUUGCAGAAAGAAUUGUCAAGACAUUUCCUUCAGAAGCUAAAG